AUGAAUCUGCGUACCCUCUUUUUGACCUGUGCUCUCUUCGCCGUGGUCCGUGCCGAUUUCACUAAGGAAGACAUCCAAGAUGACUACAGCCUUCGUGCUGGCUCCGAAAAAGAAUGUGUCGACAAGCUUCGUUUUGAAGGUAACGAUCUAGUAAUUACCCCCGAUAACAUCUCUCUCCAGGACGCCAAGUGCGAGGGCGGCAACAUCAACCUCGCCGACGACGGCGAGAUCACCAACCAAGUCACCGCCUUCUUCGAAAAAAAUAGUGGCACAGUUGGCAGUUUUCUCGCAGGCCCCGUUGCGUCGGAAAUCCGAUGCGACACUAAUUCACUCGCCGCGGAAACUGUCGUCGUCCUGGUCAGGCCAGACGAUGAGCUUGACGACGUCCCAUUCACCGACAUUGUCUCUGAAGAUUCAGGCAUCGCGACCAACACUGACAAUGACAAGUGGGACUUUGAAGAGGAUCGCAAAUACAUCUUCCUCGGCAACAAAUGCUUCUACGCUGAGACUAACAUAGGCGACCGCGUCGAAUGCUUCCCGGCUGACGCCACCGUCACCCUCCAGUCCGGCCAAGUCAAGACCAUGGACACCGUCCGCAUUGGCGACCGUGUCCUCGUGGCCGAUGGCACCUACUCCGACGUCUUCGCCUGGACGCAUCACACAUCCAAGUCGGCCCUUUCCUACAUCGCCGUCGAGACGGACCUCGGCAAUCGCCUAGUCACCACCGCGGGGCACUACGUCCACGCCGACGGCGCCACCCUGCAGAUGCGUGACGUGCGCAAGGGCAUGGUCAUGCGCACCGCUGAGGGCGCCGACGCCACCGUCACUGCCGUGCGUACAGUCAAGGCCAAGGGCUUGUACAACCCGCAGACGACUCACGGCGACAUUGUGGUCAACGGCCUCAUCGCUACGACUUACACGGACGCCGUGCAGCCGGGCGCCGCGCAUGCGCUGCUCGCUCCCGUGCGCGCCGCGUACAAAAUGGUGCGCGCCGCUCUGCCGCUCGGGCAGUCGGUGGAGCUUUAGAUGGCUGAUGCGCGCGGGGAUUUAGAACGCGGCUUUUCAGGGCGUUCGUUUGUAGUUUUCGUUGAUCUGUUUAGCGACGCACGGGGCGGGAUUCGAACCCCCCUACCGGUGUCAGCAUAGAGCACAUAAACCGGACUGCCUUGUCGCCCGCGGAGGAAAGUUAUCAUGAACGCGCACCUCGGAGGUUUGCCUGGAAGCAAACGUGAGUUUGCCGCAGUUCGAAAUUCAA